GAGAGCAGGAGCAGCAGGAGGUGGGAGGAGCCUCUGCUCCCCAGACACAAGCUCAAGACCGUAGGUCAGACCAGUACGCCCGUAGCCAACCCCGGCAUUGGACGAAGGAAGGGUUGUAGUGCUCAUUUGCGUGUGCAUGUCGUGUGUUAAGUUUAGUGUUAGUUGAAUAUAAGAACGACAGAAUGUCUGCUUCUAACGUCCUCUCCACACUCCGGCGCAGCAGCCCGUCGAUCGUGGACUGCUUCCGGAACGCCCGUCUCUACCGCCGCGAGACCGUGGAGGGGAUGGUGCCGCCGCCCACUGAGAUGGUGGUGCUGUUCACGUGGUUGGGCGCCAAGCAGAAGUACGCACACAAGUACGCCAACUGCUGGACUCGCCGGGGUUACGACGUCCUCCAUGUCACCUGCUCCGUCCGCGAUCUGCUUUUCCCCAGGAGCGGGGCUGAGGUGACAGCAUCCAGAGUCGUGGACUUUCUAACAAGCUAUGACAGAAAGGUGAUCGUGCAUGGCUUGAGUGUGGGUGGCUACCUCACACAAAGGGUCCUAAUUGACGCCAAAGACUCGCCUAUUCACAUCUCCCAUCAGAUCUUCGAUAGUUUCACAAAUGUAGUGGGAAUCGAAAAAGGAGUUCAAAAUGCUGUCCACCCACAUUACCGAACACUUGCAACAAAAUGUAUGAAAGUUUACAGCAAAUAUGCUGAUCUGUCAAGUAUAUUGGAAGCACAAAAGUUUGUCACAACAACUCCUUGCCCGGCACCUGCCCUCUUUGUGCAUAGUAUGGCCGAUCAGGUUGCUUCAUACGAGGAUACAGAAGAAGUUAUCAAUGCACAAAGAAAGGUUGCUCCUGUGGAUACAUACGUGAUUCCAGCUGAACGAAAGGUUCCUCAUGUCACUAUUAUGAAGUACAUGGGAGAGCAAAACUACAUGGGCCUCAUACAUAAUUUUGUUGAGCGGUACAGAGGAGCUGUGAUUUCAAGCCAAAAUGAUUUCGACCUUUUAACAAACACACCACCAGCCAUACCCCAAGGACAACCGAAACUGGUGCUGCCACAGUAGAGACUGAAACGUGCAAGAAGACAGACAACAAGCUGGGACCAGAGAAUGUUGUGUUUUUUCAUCUUUCUUUUCAGCAUUUGUAUAGUACUGUUGCAUAAGGAUUUCUGCAACACAAUGAGCUUUUUUUUAUUGGAAGAGUUAUAGAUUCAGUCUAUGUUUGAUUAUGAAUAAUUUCAGAAUGUUAUAUGUAUGAUCUGUGGAAUCAUCUGGAGCUUGUAUGAUUUUAUUUGAACAAGUAAUAUAUUUUUAAAUUAUUA